AUGACGAAGCGCACCAAGACGGAGGGAAAAGGGGAGAGAGAACAAAAGUUGGCUGACCAGAAGAAUUUCCGUCAAAACGACAGAUACGGUGCCUCACUCCGAAAGCAGGUGAAGAAGAUGGAAAUCUCCCAGCACGCCCGAUAUGUCUGCACAUUCUGUGGCAAGAACAGCGUAAAGCGAAAGGCCGUGGGCAUCUGGGAGUGCCGAUCGUGUAAAAAGACCGUUGCUGGUGGUGCCUGGACUGUCUCGACACCUGCGGCUGCUACCACCCGAUCGACCAUCCGUCGUCUCCGAGAAAUUGCGGAAGUUUAA